AUGGCGCUUCCUGACUGGGUGGUGACUCUGGCUGCUGCAUCCGCGUCGUUCCUUGGCUUGUGUUUAUGUGUUCGCUACAGCCAAGUCAGCUGGAGACAACUCCUCAGGAACGUUAUGGCUCGUACAGAAAAGCCGUUAUUCAGAAUCGCGUACACUUUAUACACCAGGACACGACUGGGCUACUUGUAUUACAAGAGACAAAUGAAAAAAGCACGAGAACAUUACCCUGCUGGACAUUCCUCUGCUCCAUCCGUGGAGUUCAAUAGUAUUAAAAUAAUUCCCAUUGCGGUUCUGUCGGACAACUACAGCUAUCUCAUCAUUGACACGACGUCAAACCUGGCCGUGGUCGUCGACCCUGCGGACCCACAGACAGUUCAGACGGUCAUUGAGGAGGAGGGGGUCACAUUAGAGGCAAUUCUUUGCACACAUAAGCACUGGGAUCACAGUGGAGGGAACAAAUGUUUGAAGAAGAUUCACAGUAAAUGCAGAGUUUAUGGAAACGCAGCGGAUAAUGUCCCUGGACUCACGCACCCGCUGGCCCACAGGGACUUGGUGAAAGUUGGCUGUCUGCAUUUUAAGGCCCUCUUCACGCCUGGACACACUGUUGGUCACAUGAUUUAUCUCCUCGAUGGCCGAGGGGUUGGAGCGCCACCAAGUCUUUUCUCGGGUGACCUGGUCUUUCUGUCGGGAUGUGGCAGGAUGUUCGAAGGCAGCGCCACAACAAUGCUGUCAUCCCUCGACACCGUUGGAUCUCUAAGCGAUGAUACUUUAUUAUGGCCUGGUCAUGAGUAUGCAGAGGACAACCUGCUGUUUGCGGCGGAGGUUGAGCCACACAAUGCUGCGAGGGAAAACAAAUAUCACUGGGUGUUGCAGCAGCGAGCCCAGAAGCUUUGCACGUGUCCGUCCACCAUUGGUGAGGAGAAGCGCUACAACCCUUUCCUCCGAAGCCACUUGGCUGCGCUCCAUCAGGCCCUGGGUCUCCAGCAGGAGCAGGACGAGGACUGGACCUUGUUUCGGGCUCGUGUGCUGGAAGAGCUGAGGAAGCGCAAAGACCUCUACAACAGAGCCUAGUAAAGGUCCAAGAUUUUAUGCUUGCAGAGGGAUAUUUUUUUAUUUAUCUAGAUGGUAAUAUGAGGCCAGUUCUAGCUCACUGUUACCUCCAUUCUGUGAGUAGAGUUUCAUGUAUUUCAGUCAUAAAUAUUGGAAUUAAACUUUAUCUUUGCUGUAACUUUUAAAUUCUGGCUGUCGUGGAGUGAAUUACUUCACAGUUUUUAGACUUUGGAUCUACUUGAAUGGUACUGUUUUUUUUUGUUGUUUUUUUGGAUUCUAAGGGACACAAUACGCAAAAUGUACCUUUUCUUUGAGCCACUUUUGAACGAUUUUAAUUCCAUAACUUCCAUUUUAUUGACUGGAGUUUGAACAGUUUGAACCGCUGGUGUCACUUUUUCCCUUUGUUUUUAGCGAUGUUCAGCUCUGCAUCUUCCCUCUUGAAGCAGAUAUCUGCUCCAUUUCCUAUCAAGUGAUGAGCACAUGUUGAGUUUUGAUUCUCAUGGAGCAAUUGUUAAUGAAAGAUGAAAAAAUGCAUGAUUACUAGACUCCAAUGUCGCAGUAUGUGAUUUUUUUUUUCUGAUUUACAAUGCCAGAUUUUGCUACUAGCAAAAAAUACAUGCCAAAAAUCCCCAUUUCCUUUACUGCAAUUAAAUGUAUUUUUGUGCUGAAAAUAGUUUUGAAUAAUAUAAUUAUAUAUAAUAUAUAAUUCUGUGACAAACUGGUUUAUAAAAUUCCCAUUGUUUUUUUGAGGCAAAAUAAAUGAAAAAUAUUUUCUUGUGGACAUUUAAAACAGAGCUGUCUGGGAAGUGCUGAAUAUGUUUUGUUCAAACCUGUCUUGCAGAUCUUUUGCUCACAUGUUUGAUGAAUCAAAGUUGGAUCGUGUGAGUGUUGAUGUGGGAGUCUUUUGUUUUUGUUCCCUAGGGAUGUUCAAAAAUAUAUGGUGACAUUUUUUUCUUUUCCAUUUCUCACAACAUUUAUGUUCAGUUGGUCUCUACUGCUUUGAAAGGUCAUACAUCACCACUGUUAAAUAGUAUUUUCAGGGUUUCUCUUACAUAGCUUCAGCAAGUGAUCGGCUGAUGAGGCUUCAUGAAACAGUGUCCUCAUAUUCAGAGCUCAGUAGGUGGCUCUCUUGGUUUAAAAAAUGAUAGAGGUUUCAUAGAUUCUAGAGAAGAGAGCACCAUCUAGUGGACUCUGAAAGUUAGGGCACUGUUUGAUGAAGCCUCGCCAGCUUGUCGCUUCAGCUAUUUGGGUUGAUGUUGCAUUUUAAAAUUCUGGAUUUCCGACGGUACAGUUGCGUGGUUUCUUCAGUGUGUCAGCUGCAUUUUUGGGAAUUGCGUUUUGCAGCCAAUUUAUGAUUUAAAGUUCUAUUUUUGUAUGUUUCAACAUUAAAAUGUG